AUCCGGCAGCUGUAGGGAGAGUGUGGGCUGCGUGCGUGUCAGGGGUGUUUACUCAGUGUCUCGUCACAGGUGAUAGACCCUCAUAGAGUGUAAGUCAUGUUUGGAGUGACUCAGAGACUUGGUUCUGGUGAAAAUAGUGAAACGAAGUGACAUUUUCUUGAAAGGAUGUACUAAAGUGUGAGGGCGUGCGGGCGUGUGGGCGUGCGGGUGAUGCGUGAGGUGUGAGGAGCUGUGAGCAUGAGGGCCGCAGGUCCUCCUUGAGACUCGGUGAGCGUCAUGUGAGGGUGACAUGCGGGUAGCAACAGCACCCGCGGUCACGCCACCCGCGGGAGGCAGUCCUCACCACCACACCACCCACAUGACCCGCUGGUCGCCCACAUCGUCCCCGCCCGGGGUGGUGGUGGACGUGGGCGGGCCGGCGAGCCUCCCGUGGUGGGAUGACUGGACCAACACUACAGACGAGGAGGCCAGAGCGCUCCUCGACGUAGACGAGACUGUAGACGCUGACGAUGGGACGCUGUCAGGCGGUAACUGGACGCUCGAGGGCGGCAACUGGACCAUGAUUGACGGCAACUGGACCAUGAUGGACGGCAACUGGACGCUGGUGGGCGGCAACUGGACGGAGGAGGAGGGAGCCACCCUCAGUAUGCAGGUGAUGUUCACUGCCAUCACCGCCGUCAUCCUGGGUGUGAUGAUCCUCGCUACCAUCAUUGGUAAUGUGUUUGUGAUCGCCGCCAUCCUGCUAGAGAGGAACCUGCAGUCAGUCGCCAACUACCUCAUUCUCAGCCUCGCCGUCGCCGACCUCCUAGUGGCUGCCCUUGUCAUGCCCUUAGGAGCUGUCUAUGAGGUGAGCAAGGAGUGGACGCUGGGCCCAGAGCUGUGCGACAUGUGGACGGCCUCCGACGUGUUGUGCUGUACGGCAUCUAUCUUACACCUGGUGGCGAUAGCUCUCGACAGGUUCUGGGCGGUGACCAAGGUUGACUACAUCCACCAGCGGUCUCCUAAGCGGGUGGGCGGCAUGAUCGCCGUCAUCUGGUCGGUCUCCUUCCUGAUCUCCGCGGCGCCCAUGAUGGGCUGGAAGGACCCUGAGUGGCACGAGCGUCUCCGCAACAAGAUGUGCAUCAUCUCCCAGGACGUCGGCUACCAGAUCUUCGCCACCAUCACCUCCUUCUACCUGCCGCUGGCGGUGAUCCUCGUCCUCUACUGGCGGGUCUAUCAGGCCGCUAGGAAGCGCAUCAGGCGCAAGAUCGGCACUAAUGCGCACUCUGCGCUGUGUCGUGGCCCCGUCACCAUCAGCGAGACCACCACCUUCACCAGAAUGUCGUCGCAGCCGUCGCCCGAAAAGACCUCCAACGGCAGCACCCUCAACGGCCACCCCGUCGACGGUGGUCGGGAGGACACCACCACUUCAGCGGUGGUCGCUGCCGUUACAAGUGCCGCAGCCGCACAGGUCGUGCCGCGGCACCUGCGGCGGCGGGAGGUAGAGUCAAGGAAGGAGAGGAAGGCGGCCAAGACACUGGGCAUCAUCACGGGAGCCUUCGUGAUGUGUUGGCUGCCUUUCUUCAUCCUGGCGGUGCUGAUGCCGCUGUGCACGGUGUCCUGCCACUUCAACCCUUACCUUAUCGCCACCUUCCUCUGGCUGGGCUACUUCAACUCUACCCUCAACCCCAUCAUCUACACCGUCUUUAGCCCGGAGUUCCGCAACGCCUUCAAGAGGAUAUUGUGCGGCAGGAAGAGACCUUUUCAGCGCCAGUCUUCGCGGUUUUCAUCAGUUCGGUUUACGAGAUCAUAGCAAAGCGGGGUGCCGGGGGGGCGGAGGGGGGGUAGGGGGCGGGCCCCUUGCCCCACUACCACCCUGGGCCUGGCUGCUGCCACCCACCUGGCCAGCUUGCCACCCAUCACGGAGUCGACGCUGUGAGCCGCCCAUCUGGCGGCCCAGGGCUGGUCAACCCCCACGGCACCACCACACUAUUCCGCUACUAUGUAGUUUUGUACAGAGUAUCUCGCCUACAGUACGGUAUAUGUUUAAGAUUAUUAACUUCAUGUUCAUCUAUGGUGCUGUAAUACUGUAAGUGAUAUAUAAUGACCAAAUAUUGUAACAUAAUACUUUUACUCGUUGUAUUUACCUUAAGAAUACACUCAACACCUGUAAAUAUGUCUUAUAUAAUGAGAAUCGUUGUCUGGCACAAGUCAGCCCGACACCUGUACACGUGCUUGCUUCAGCUCGUGCCUACACGUGCUUGCUUCAGCUGGUGCCUCGACAAUCACACCUGCUCCUCCACACACCUGUCACCACACCUGAGUAUCACUGUUCAUGUGUGACUUCCUCAUAGCGACUGUCAUCAACCUAACAAGUGUUGUCUCCAGUAAAUCUUGUCAUGUUUAGACACCUGUACCAUGCAGCUGUGUGGCAGUGUAUCUUUCGCAGCUGCUACAUGUCUCACUUAACACCUGUUCUUCUCACCUGUCAUACUAUUGUUCCUUCAACAUGGUCUUCCUCACUUCAUAUAUUUCUUUUCAUGUCCAUUUUCCUCAUUCGUAUUUCCUCUUUUCCUUACCAUCACUUCAUAUGUUCCUUCUUUAUCUGUCACUCUCACCUCGCAUCAUGCUCAAGUCUCACCUAAUCCUCAUUCUCAUCAAAUAUUAUCCUCAUUUUUACCUCAUAAUUACAGAUAAACAUAACAUUCAUCUCAUUAUCAUUCUCAUUCAAUUAUCACAUAUAUCUAUCUCUACUUGCCUCACUCUACCUUCAUUAAUCCUCACCUCAUCGUCACCUCACAAUCACCGAGUCGUAUUAUCAAGCGACAACCGAUUCAUUCCACGAUUCGUUUUUUGUUUUGGUUUUUUGUUCACAUCUGCCACGUGUGUAAGCUCCUCUACACUCAACACGCUUUACCAGGCAUGAUUGAGUGCGUCACUGAAUCCAGGUUUACUCUAGGUGUUGUUUACAAAUACUGUAUGAAUGAAUCACCCCCCCCCCCCCACUUUUAAACACGACCUAUUGUAUGUUUAUAUAUGUAGUGUCAUAUAGUCCAUGUUUUUGUUAAGAGACUAGUGUUAUAUGAAUGACUAUAUCUAUAUAUAUCUAGUAUAUGUGUAUAAUAAACAUAGAUCAUUUAUUACGUUAACUAGAGCCCGGUUAUAUUAUGAAUCACGGUAAUAUACGUGUAUUUAACGUGUCCUAGUGUUUCUUUCUCUGUUUCUCAGUGUUUGUGUGUCACAUGACUGGCCCUUCAACACAACAAUAUAAACAGUACAUAAUGUAUUUAGUCUGAUAGCUCCUAUUUUUUCAAUAUUACACACAAGUGAUAUAGGAUUAUAAUAUACAAAAUUUGGAAUAUAUCAGUAUUAUAGUAUAAGUGUCCAUAUUAAUAUAUUAUACAUAAAUAUAUAUAUCUGUCUGGCUGACUUGUUCCUCUUACGUUAGGUUGGCAACCCUGACGAGGCGACAAACUCCUCAGGGUUGGUCAGCCUGACAAUUAAUUAACCGUAGAGAGAACUAAUAUUAACUCUUAUGUAACUUAGGUUUAAGGAAGCUGAGCCCCCUUCUUCGUCUAAUAUAACUUAAAUGUUAAUAAAUGAUAGAUAUAUUGUUAAC